CAGCUCUAUUGUGAAGAAGAACCUGCUCCUUGGUCCUACCUGUUCCUCGGUCCAGUGGUGUCCUGCAUUCACCAGCCAUCUUUUCUCCCUGGCACCGGCAUCUUGAGUGUGGGCACCCGGCUGUGCAUCCACAAGCUGUGCUCACUGUGCAUGCGCUUUGUCUGCAGUCUCUGGUCAUCUCCUGUAAUACGUCCGCAGUCUCUGGUCAUCUCCUGUACUAUGUCCGCAGUCUCUAAUCAUCUCCUGUACUGUGUCCCACAGUCUCUGGUCAGCUCCUGUAGUAUGUCCGCAGUCUCUGGUCAUCUCCUGUACUAUGUCCGCAGUCUCUGGUCAUCUCCUAUAGUAUGUCCGCAGUCCCUGGUCAUCUCCUGUACUAUGUCCGCAGUCUCUGGUCAUCUCCCGUACUAUGUACGCAGUCUCUGGCCAUCUCCCAUACUAUGUCCGCAGUCUCUGGCCAUCUCCCAUACUGUGUCCGCAGUCUCUGCUCAUCUCCCGUACUAUGUCCGCAGUCUCUGGUCAUCUCCUGUACUAUGUCCGCAGUCUCUUGUCAUCUCCUGUACUAUGUCCGCAGUCUCUUGUCAUCUC